UAUAUAAAACACGAUCUUCGUCCUAACCUUUUCCAUUCUGCACGUCUGGUAAGCAAAACUAUUGAAUUUGUAAAACAAAAACUAUUUUCUACUUUCGCUAAAAACAAAAAUGCCGAGUGAGAUAAUAACAUUGCAGCUGGGUCAAUGCGGAAAUCAAAUUGGUUUCGAGUUUUGGAAGCGGCUGUGCCUGGAGCAUGGCAUUUCACCAAGCGGUAUGCUAGAGGACUACGCCAGCGAUGGAUUAGAUCGCAAGGAUGUGUUCUUUUAUCAGGCCGAUGAUAAUCAUUAUAUACCACGCGUAGUCUUACUCGACUUAGAGCCUCGCGUGAUUAAUACUAUAAUGACCUCCUCCCAUGCCAAGCUGUACAAUCCCGAAAAUAUCUACUUGUCCAAGCAUGGUGGCGGCGCAGGCAACAAUUGGGCUUCAGGUUUCGGUCAAGGUGAGAAGUUGCAUGAAGAAGUUUUCGAUAUAAUCGACCGCGAAGCAGAUGGUAGUGAUUCGCUGGAAGGUUUUGUGCUUUGCCACUCCAUAGCCGGUGGCACUGGAUCGGGUAUGGGCUCAUACAUUAUGGAGCGCUUAGCAGACCAUUUCCCCAAAAAAUUAUUGCAGACAUACAGCGUAUUUCCGAAUCAGGAUGAGAUAAGUGAUGUUGUCGUACAGCCGUAUAAUUCAUUGCUUACACUGAAAAGGCUCACAAACUGUGCCGAUUGUGUUGUCGUAUUGGACAACACUGCCUUGAAUCGCAUAGCCGCCGAUCGUUUGCAUAUAGAAAAUCCAACGUUCGCACAAAUUAAUAAUCUAGUCUCCACUAUAAUGUCGGUGAGCACGACCACCUUGCGUUAUCCGUCUUACAUGAACAAUAAUCUGAUUGGAUUGACGGCUCCGUUGAUACCAACACCACAAUUACACUUUCUAAUGACGGGCUAUACGCCUUUGGCCACUGAAAAUGAUCCAAAUGUGAAUGUGCGCAAAACUACUGUGCUGGAUGUGAUGCGUCGUUUGCUGCAGCCGAAAAAUAUGAUGGUAUCUUCGGGACCAGAUAAGACUAAUCAUCAUUGCUAUAUCUCCAUACUGAACAUUAUACAGGGCGAAGUCGAUCCCACAGAAGUGCACAAAUCACUUCAACGCAUACGUGAGCGCAAGUUGGCCCAAUUCAUACCGUGGUGUCCAGCUAGCAUACAGGUGGCCUUAUCACGCAGCUCGCCAUACGUGCAAAGUAAUCACAAGGUCUCCGGGCUAAUGAUGGCCAAUCAUACUAGCAUAACCUCACUUUUCUAUCGUGCUUUGGCUCAGUAUGAUAAAUUGCGGAAACGUGGUGCUUUUUUGGAUCAAUUUCGUCGGGAGGACAUAUUUAAGGAAGAUUUGUCAGAACUGGAUAAUUCAAGGCAGGUGGUUGAUUGCCUUUCGCAAGAGUAUGAAGCCGCUACUCGUCCAAAUUAUUUGCAAUGGAGCCCAAAGGAUAUGGUACAAAGCUAUCAAUUUUCGCGCUUAACUUGAACCUUUGAUGUUAAAUGUAAAUGUUUAUGGAAGCAGGAAUGGUUACUAUUAGUGAAAUUCAUUAGAAUACCACAAAUUGUCUAAAUCGAAAAUA